AUGUCCGAAAAAUCCAGCCUACAAGAGUGCCAACCCAUGCUUGCCCCGCCACAGCCUCGUCGAAGACGAACAUGGCUGCUGGUGGCGGCGGUGGUAGCGGCUGUGGUGGCGUUCAGCGCCAUCUUCUUUCCUGUGUACUUUACACGUCCCCAUCAGCGCAGCGCGGAUCAAGGUGCCUCCGCCACCAAUGACCGUUCAAUCACCACUCCCGGGGCCGUGUGGCAGCAGAAGACGCAGUUCCGCGAUCUGUCCGACUUCAGAAUCAGCUACUACUCGAGCGGCCAGAACAACUCCAAGGUGCUCUCGAGUCUGCCCGCCACAUCCUCCUCGACCUCAUCGACAACUUCGAGCACAGCGACUCCUCGAGCAACAUCCGGCAGCGUACUAUCGAUCUUCUACCCGCGCAACUCGUACACGCCCUCGGAGCUUCCCGUUGGCGGCACGCAGUUCUACGCACAGACGCCGUUCGACCUAUCGCGCGCGACGUCGGUGACGCUCAACUACUCGGUCUUCUUCCCUGCCUCGUACGACUUUGUGCAGGGCGGUAAGCUUCCCGGUCUGUACGGUGGCGACGAAGGCUGUGGCGGCGGCAACAGCGCCCAGUCCUGCUGGAGCACUCGUAUGGCGUGGCGAACCAACGGAACAGGAGAGCUCUACGCCUACCUCCCGCAGGACAAGCAGAACAUCACCGCCCUCCUCCAAGUGCCCCCCUACAGCUACGUCAAUCCCGACUACGGAAUGGGAGCGUUGGAGUAUGCUCGCGGCGGAUGGACAAAUAUCUCGCAGACCAUCACGCUCUCGACCAACAACACGCACCCGAACGGCAUCUUUGACAUUGCAGUCAACGGUGUGCGAGCCAUCUACUUUGACCAGGUCUAUUUCCCCGCCCGAAUCAAAGGCAUCCUCUUCUCCACCUUCUUUGGCGGUGCGACACGCGACUGGGCCACGCCGCGCGACCAGUACUCGUACUUCCGCGCCUUCUCGAUCCGCAUCAACGCCAUCUAA